GGGUCCCUGGGCCUGUCUGGGCUACUGGACCUAAGUGGACCACCAGAGCAUGAUGGACCAGAGGGAUAGAGGCGGGAGCUCACGCUUGGUUUACACCCAAUCACGUUAAAGCUGAGCAUGCAGCCAAUGCGGAUUGGCCUGUGCGGCCUGUCGUUCAGCUGAGGGGAAGCAGUGGCACAGCCAACAGCACUGCAGGCUGGUGUGACUAGGCUCAGAUAUGAACUCCUUGGAACAGGCCGAAGACCUGAAGGCCUUUGAGAGAAGAUUGACAGAGUAUGUCUCCUGUUUGCAACCUGCAACAGGCAGGUGGAGAAUGAUUCUGAUAGUUGUGUCUGUCUGUACGGCUACUGGAGCUUGGAACUGGUUAAUAGACCCGGACACACAGAAGGUCUCUUUCUUUUCAUCACUGUGGAAUCAUCCCUUCUUCACCAUCAGCUGCAUCACUCUUAUAGCUCUCUUCUUUGCUGGGAUACACAAACGAGUUGUGGCACCAUCAAUUAUCGCUGCCCGCUGUCGGACCGUUUUAGCAGAAUACAACAUGUCCUGUGACGACACGGGGAAACUUAUUCUCAAGCCACGACCGAACAUCCAGUAACCGCAAGCUUGAGUGGGGGCCGUCAGCUGUACCUGGUCUUUGUUUAUAUAGCCACCGAUCACUCAGUGUCUUGAGUCCUUUGGGUGGUCUGAACAGCACCAAGGGGAACAGCACUGAGACAGACAUUGUCGUCAUGAUGGAAAUGCAUUUGGAAGAAAGAAGAAAUGACCUGAUAGGGCCUUUUUAACAGUGUCACUGUUCUGAUGUAAGGAUUGAAGACAAGAGUUCAGUUGUGUUUAUUUCUAAUGUUGAGCAUGUAUUUUAACUAAAUGUUUCUAUUUUUAAAAUUAUUUACCUAAUAAAUACUUCAGAUGUGAAACCGUC